AUGGCAUGUGUUGUGGGCCUCUCCCUACACUGGAGACGGAUGAAGAGACAGAAAGCAGUGAACUCCUGGUCAGCUGGAGGCCGCAAGAGUCGGAAGAUCCAGAUCCGGAACAUUCCCCCUCAUCUACAGUGGGAGGUCAGUUGUUUGUAUGUGGGUCUAUUGAACACUGAUACAGAAACAGCAGUGGUGAAUGUUACAUACGCAACCAAGGAGGAAGCUAAAGUAGCCAUUGAGAAGCUGACAGGACACCAGUUUGACGACUACUCCUUCAAGGUGUCAUAUAUCAUGGACAUCGAUGCUGCUCCACCCGUCCAGGGUCCCCGCACGCGGCGCAGUGGUCGAUCUUCCCGGGACCAGGGCGCCUCUCAGCCUGGACCAUCCGGAGGCUUCAGUUCACCGCGCCCCAGACAACAAGACUUCCCCCUGCGUAUGCUCGUGCCUACUCAGUUUGUGGGAGCCAUCAUCGGCAAGGAGGGCCUCACCAUCAAGAACGUCACCAAACAGACACAGUCCAAAGUGGACAUUCACCGGAAGGAAAAUGCAGGUGCAGCAGAAAAACCCAUCACCAUCCACUCAACACCCGAGGGCUGCUCCUCCGCCUGUCGCAUGAUCCUGGACAUCAUGCAGAAGGAGGCCAACGAGACCAAGACGACAGAGGAUAUCCCUCUGAAAAUCCUUGCCCACAACAGCCUCGUGGGUCGGCUGAUUGGGAAAGAGGGCCGCAACCUGAAGAAGAUCGAGGAGGAGACAGGGACCAAGAUAACCAUCUCCUCGCUACAAGACUUAACCAUUUACAAUCCUGAGAGGACCAUCACGGUGAAGGGCAGCGUGGAGGCUUGUUGUAAAGCCGAGGUGGAGAUCAUGAAGAAGCUGAGGGAAGCAUACGAGAACGAUAUUGCUGCUAUAAAUCAACAGGCCAACCUGAUCCCAGGCUUGAACCUGAACGCUCUGGGCAUCUUCUCCUCUGGUCUGCCGGUGCUGCCCCCUGCUGCUGGACCACGAGGUGCAGUGCCCCCUGUAGCACCAGCAGGAUACAACCCAUUCUUAAGCCACUCUUCACAUAUCGGUGGCCUGUACGGGGUUCCUCCAGCAAGUGCCAUCCCUCACCAGCACUCACAACAGGCUCCAGAACAGGAGGUUGUCUACCUCUAUAUUCCAACUCAGGCGGUCGGGGCCCUGAUUGGGAAGAAGGGCCAGCACAUCAAGCAACUUGCCCACUUUGCCGGAGCUUCCAUCAAGAUUGCCCCAGCUGAGAGCCCAGAUGUGACUGAGAGGAUGGUUAUCAUUACUGGAACCCCAGAAGCCCAAUUUAAGGCCCAAGGUCGGAUAUUUGGGAAGCUGAAAGAGGAGAACUUCUUCUCAGCAAAGGAGGAGGUCAAACUAGAGACGCACAUCAAGGUUCCCUCGACUGCAGCUGGCAGGGUCAUCGGUAAAGGAGGCAAGACGGUAAACGAGCUGCAGAACCUUACGAGCGCAGAGGUGAUCGUACCGCGGGACCAAACUCCUGAUGAGAACGACGAGGUCUUUGUGAAAAUCAGUGGCCAUUUCUUUGCUAGCCAGACUGCACAGAGGAAGAUCCGGGAGAUCAUUCAACAGGUCAAACAGCAGGAACAGAAGCACCAGCAGGGCGCCGCCGUGUCACCUCACCACUCCAAGUGA